ACCACUUUCUCAUUGCAUCAUCACCUCUUUCUCCACAUUAUAAAUAGACUGAUUUCCAUUAGCACAAAGUAAACUUAAAAUUAUGGGUAAUGCUGACUUUGAUGAUCAGUAUUCACAUCAAAAGGUAGAAAUCCCACCACCAAAACCAUUCUUGAAGACACUCAAAUCUUGUAUGAAAGAAACACUAUUUCCUGAUGACCCCUUUAGGAAAUUCAAGAACCAGUCACUUACCAAGAAACUUGCUUUGGGUUUGCAGUAUUUUGUCCCCAUCCUCGAUUGGGCUCCUCGUUAUACGUUUCAGCUUUUCAAAGCUGAUUUUAUUGCUGGAAUCACAAUUGCUAGUCUUGCUGUUCCUCAAGGGAUAAGCUAUGCUGGUUUGGCUAACUUGCCUCCAGUUAUUGGACUUUAUUCAAGCUUUGUGCCACCGAUGAUAUAUGCGAUGUUGGGAAGUUCGAAGCAUUUGGCAAUAGGGAAUGUGGCAGUUCCAUCACUUCUCAUAUCUGCAAUGCUUGGCCGAGUCGUUAAUCCUCACGAUAAUCCCAAGCUUUAUCUUCAGUUGGUAUUUACUACUACUUUCUUUGCUGGAGUUUUCCAAGCUUCCUUAGGCUUGCUAAGGUUAGGAUUCAUAGUGGAUUUUCUAUCGCAUGCAACAAUAUUAGGGUUCAUGGCAGGAGCAGCCACAGUAGUGUGCUUACAGCAGCUGAAAGGAAUUCUUGGACUUGUUCAUUUCACCCAUGAAACUGAUAUUGUCAGUGUCAUGCGCUCCAUCUUUAGCCAAUUACACCAGUGGAGAUGGGAAAGUGGAGUCCUAGGUUGUUGUUUUCUCUUCUUCCUCUUGUUGACCAGAUAUUUUAGCAAAAAGAAGCCAGCUUUCUUCUGGAUAAGUUGUAUGGCGCCUCUAACAUCUGUGAUCUUGGGAAGUGUUCUUGUUUAUUUCACCCAUGCUGAAAAAAAUGGGGUUCAAGUGAUUGGGCACUUGAAAAAAGGGAUAAAUCCACCAUCGUAUUCUGAACUGGCAUUUAGCUCGCAGUAUCUUACAACUGCCAUUAAGACAGGAAUCGUCACUGGUGUCAUCGCCAUGGCUGAAGGAAUAGCAGUUGGAAGGAGUUUCGCCAUAGUGGAGAACUAUCACAUUGAUGGAAACAAAGAAAUGAUUGCAUUUGGGAUGAUGAACAUUGCUGGUUCUUGCACCUCUUGCUACUUGACCACAGGACCAUUUUCACGUACGGCAGUGAAUUUCAAUGCGGGAUGCAAGACAGCUGUGUCCAACAUAGUAAUGGCAACAGCAGUGAUGAUAACAUUGUUGUUGCUAACACCAUUGUUUCAUUACACACCCCUUGUUGUCCUUUCCUCCAUUAUAAUUUCAGCCAUGCUAGGCAUCAUUGACUACAAUGCUGCUAUCCACCUUUGGAAAGUUGACAAAUACGAUUUCCUCGUUUGCGUUAGUUCCUUCAUUGGAGUUGUCUUUGGUAGCGUUGAAGUUGGCCUAAUAGUCGCGGUGGCAAUGUCUUUACUUAGGAUACUUCUCUUUGUAGCAAGGCCAAAGACAUUUGUCUUAGGUAAAAUACCAAACUCCAUGACCUAUAGAAACACUGAACAAUAUUCAGCAGCAAGCAGUGUUCCUGGAGUUCUCGUCAUACACAUUGAUGCCCCAAUCUAUUUUGCAAAUGCAAGUUAUUUGAGGGAAAGGAUUACAAGAUGGAUAGAUGAAGAAGAAGAGAAGCAAAGGACUUCAACUGAGAUUGAGCUGCAAUAUGUCAUAUUGGAUAUGAGUGCUGUUGGAAACAUCGAUACAAGUGGAAUUAGUAUGCUUGAGGAAGUGAAGAGAAAUGCAGAUAGACGAUGUCUAAAGCUUUUAUUGGCAAACCCCGGAGGGGAGGUGAUGAAGAAGUUGGAUAAGUCAAAUUUCAUUGACACAAUUGGGAAGGAAUGGAUCUAUUUAACAGUUGGGGAGGCUGUUAAUGCAUGCAAUUAUAUUCUUCACACUUGCAAGUUUCAAUCCAAGAGAAUUGAAUCUUCAACAAUCCUAGACGAUAACGUAUGAUCAUAAAUCAGAUCAAUGAUCCAUUAAAAUAAUCAAAAUGUAUUAGUAUUCCUUAUGUCUUUACAGUUUCACCAAGUGAAACAUCUUAGAGCUAGUUUCUUACCCUUUUACAAUUUUGUAAAAUUCAUAUAUCCGUGCUAAGGUAUUGAAAAUCGCUAUAAUGUUUCACACCUCUA